AUGUGUCCUACCACAGAAGAUGAAAUAAACGAAAUGAAAACCAUACCGUAUCAAGAAGCAGUCGGAAGCAUAAUGUAUGCAGCGCAGGUGACAAGGCCAGAUAUUGCAUAUGCAGUGGGGGUGCUUUCACGAUUUAAUAAAAAUUAUGGUAAAGCACACUGGCAAGCUGUAAAAAGAAUUUUCCGAUACCUUAAGGCGACAAGUCAUUAUGCACUGCAAUUCAGUAAAGAUGGAUCUAGUCAAAUAGAUGGAUUUACUGAUGCUGAUUGGGCUGGUGAUGUGGACGACAGAAAGUCAACCACUGGUUAUGUUUUUAAAUUUCAAAAUGGGCCAAUAUCGUGGAAUUCAAAGAAGCAACAGACUACAGCUCUUUCUACCACCGAAGCUGAAUACAUGGCAUUAUCGACUUCAGCACAAGAAGCAAUGUGGCUUAAAUCCUUGCUCACAGAACUUGAUGAAAUUCACUCCAUUGAAAUCAAAUGCGAUAAUAAGAGUGCUAUUUGUUUAUCACAUAAUAAUACAUUUCAUGCUCGCUCAAAGCACAUCGACAUUCGUCAUCACUUCGUUAGAGAAUUAAUUGAAGAAGACCAAAUUAAGAUUGCUUACAUUCAAACUAGAGAUAUGGUGGCAGACAUACUGACGAAAGGAUUGCCGGCUCCCAAACAUAUCCAUUGUUGCAAUUUACUUGGCUUUAAAGACCAAUCUAAUGGGGGUGUUGGAAAUGAAGAUUGUACUUUAAAUAAAUAA